AUGAGAACUCUUCCACCCCUACAGCUCGACGGUAUCGAGUCCGACAGAGAGGAAGCCAUGGAAAUCCAGGCCCAGAAAGAAGAUGCCGAAAAUGCCGCCAAGCAGGACGAAGGCAAAGGCGCCAUUGAAGCCAUAACGGGCUUCUUUUCACCUCAGGCCAAUCCCGGGCCCAAGAAGAAGAAGCAGCGCCGCAUCAAAUACCGCUUCCUCACACCCUCUGAGUGGGCCAUCUUCGCUCACGGCGUCGGUGGUGUCAAGGAUACCGAAGGCCAUAUUGCACUUCACGCAACCUGCUGGUACUACCCGCCUAAGGGCAUUCCCCACGGCCUGUACCGAGAUGUCAUCUGGAUGCGCACCAAGUACUUCUAUUUCUACCAUGGCAUGAGCACCAUUCGCUGGUUCGGCUACAUCCUUCAGAUCAUCCUGGGCGCAGUCCUCACAGCCAUUGGCUCCAUCUCGUUCAAAGAUGGCACCCCGAUCACUGUCAUUGCAGCAACCAACACCGUCAACGCCGGCAUCCUCGCUCUCCUGCACAACAGCGGUCUUCCUGAUCGCUACCGCUCCGACCAAGCAGAGUUCAGCGACGUUGAAGACCAUAUCAAGAAAGUCCUCGAUACUGGCGUCGUCCCUGAAGACAUGACCGUCGACCAGGUCAUCGUCCAGUGUUUUGAUCUCUACUGGGAAGCUAAGCAAACCAUUCAAGCCAACAUUCCUGCAGUGUACACUCCAAGUUCUGUACUCCAGAGCGGACAGCGGGCUCCCGAGGGUCAGAAGCAAGACCAUGGGCCGGCAACGCCAGGACAGACGCCAGCCAACAACGGCCGCAACUCAAUCAUUGCAUCCCGGCUCUCUGGAUCGGCCACUGCGCCUGAUGCCGCGGCUGGCACCAAGGAUGGAGAGAAGUAA